AUGGGUGACAGCGAAAACUUCUUGAGAAGGCCGACCGUCCGCGGAGAUACUUCGCCAACGCGUGCUGGAAAAUCGGUAAGAGGGUUUGUCUCAUGUGAUCGGACUUUAGUUGUAUUUAGAAAGCCUUUGAUUACAAAAAGUUAAUGUAAAGCAGACGAGACUUUAAUUUCCUACAACAAUAUCUAAGCGAAAAGAGAAAGCGAUAAUAUAAACAGGCUGAAUUAAAUCUGUAGAUAAAAUUUAUAAAAUAAUCUUGUUCAGAAUUCUUCGCCCCAUGUCACCCCAACAAAGUAUCGAUCGGACGGUGGAGAUCGUUUCUUGCCCAUCCGUGAGACCUCAUUAACUUGGUCAACAAGAUAUGCUUCUUUAUCAGCGUCCCCAUUAAUGGAAAGAACAAAAGCACUACAAUCUUCUGAAAAUUCGAGUUUGGCAACAGCAAAUCGGGAACAACCAUCGCCCAACAAUUCAAAUCAAGGUGGAGCAGCUACGAAUUCUCAGAGUAAUGAUGAGCAAGUACACGAUUCAGUUACACAUAGGGCAUUGUUAAAGAACGAGCUGCUCAAUCACAGUAUUGUUGACAUUAGAGUAUGUUUUAAUUGUUAUUGUUUAAAUACUUAGGAAUUAUAGAUGAUUUUUUCUUAUAGUAGGUAACAAAAUUAAAAAUCUACUUUAUUUUGGUAUAAAAUGUUUAAAGACAGCUAUAGAUUACUUUGGAUGAUUUUUUACUAUUAGUUGUGGAUACAAGUUAAUAACGUUAUGAACUUGCAAUUUCAGACUAACGGUGACGGUUCAGAAGGAAUGCAAGUGAUGGAACGGCAGAAAUCAGAAACUUUGUUACGAUUUGGCCACAGAACGCCUCAAAAGUUCAACGUACUAACCUCUCACGAUUCCACAAUAUUCUCAAAAAGCCCACUGUCUUCAGAUUCUCAAAAACUAUUAAAAUCUCCAAGAAAACCUCAACGAAAAGUACCAAAGAACCCCUACAAGGUAUUAGAUGCACCCGAACUUCAAGAUGAUUUCUACCUAAACUUGGUUGAUUGGAGCUCACUUAAUAUGUUGAGUGUUGGUCUAUCGACUUGUGUAUAUCUGUGGAGUGCGUGUAAUUCAUCAGUGACAAAGCUUUGUGAUCUGUCACAGGAAAGUGAUACUGUAACAUCAGUGCAGUGGACAGAACGAGGUGAUUUCUUGGCCGUGGGAACGUCGCGAGGGCUGUUGCAGAUCUGGGACACUCAUGCACAAAAGAAGGUACAUGAGUUGGGUGGACAUAACUCGAGAAUAGGAUGUUUGGCGUGGAAUAAUGACACGAUAUGUACUGGCUCUAGGGAUCGUACUAUCAUUCAUAGAGAUCUGAGACAGUCACAUGUUAUCGAAAGGAGGUUGAAUGCUCACAGACAAGAAGUAAGUUUGAGUUAUUUUUAAGCGCUAAAUGUUACAUAAAACUUUUACGGUGUUUACACUUAAUAUAGAAAAGUAUUAUUAUAUUAACACAUGAUUUCAUAUUUUCUACUACUUUUUUUACAUCUAAUAGCUAAUUUACAGGUAUGUGGCUUAAAAUGGUCGCCAAACAAAGAGUAUCUGGCCUCAGGAGGUAACGAUAAUCAGCUUUUGAUCUGGUCCUUGAGAAAGAACGAGCCAGUACAAACGCAUACGGAACAUAAUGCUGCUGUGAAGGCUUUGGCUUGGUCACCACAUCAUCAUGGAGUCUUGGUAUCAGGAGGUGGUACAGCUGAUAGAAGUCUUCGUUUCUGGAAUACUCUUACUGGUCAAGCUAUGCAGUGCAUCGAAACUGGAUCUCAAGUAAGUAGUUUAGCUGAAUUAGGUCUUUUGCUGAAUAUUUGGGUUGAUUUUGAUAUUGUUUUAAGAGUUUUUGAAUUAAAAUGUUUAAGACAUAUCAAUAAUUUUUUGUCACGAUUUGGCAGUUUUUGGAGUUUUUUUGUUUUUAUGCUGCAAAUAGACUUCACUGUCUUUAUUUUAGCAUAUUUUGGUAAGAAACCACAUUUUUAAUAAGAAAAAUAGUGUAAUCUUGUACCAGCAAUAACAUAAACUCAAAAAAGAUCCAUCUGAUGACAUUUUUCUUAGGUUUGUAACGUUGCUUGGUCAAAGCAUUCCUCGGAAUUGGUCUCAACUCAUGGCUACAGUUUGAAUCAAGUUGUACUAUGGAAAUACCCAACAAUGAAGCCCAUUGUCAAACUACAAGGUCAUCAGUUGAGGGUGCUCUACUUGGUAAGUAAAAAGGAGACUUUAUUUUAUGUUAAGAAUGGUAUGGAAACUAAGAAUAAUAUCUUUUAUAUUGAUUUAUUAAUAGAAAUGGUAUACGUUAAGAUAAAAGAAGUUUUUUUUCAUGACUUUCAGAAGCAAUACAAUUAUAAGAGAAUAAACAAAUGUAUUUUACCAACUUUUUUUUCAGGCGAUGUCUCCUGAUGGUGAAGCGAUUGUAACGGGCGCGGGCGACGAAACUCUUCGCUUCUGGCACGUCUUCUCCAAAUCGAAUCUUCAGAAAAUAAAUCGAUCGGCUUUGAAUCUUCAUUCUCGAAUUCGCUAA